AUGUCCACCCCCUACCCCUCCCUCUUCCGGUCGGAGGAGAUGUCCCUCGUCCAGCUCUACAUCCCCUCGGAAGUAUCCCACGACACCAUCUCCGAGCUCGCAGAGAUGGGCAACUUUCAGUUCAAAGACCUCAACCCCACUUUGACCUCUUUCCAACGCCCCUUCAACACCCGUAUUCGCCGGCUCAACGAGUCCUCCAGGCGUCUCCGUCUCUUCCGCUCCCAGAUCACCGCCCUAUCUCCUCCUCUCGGUAUCCCUCCUCUCAACGCAGUGCCUCCUUUCACCACCGUCGGCCCGCGUGCCCAGAACGCCUAUGAUGAGCUCGAGGAGAAACUCAAGGAGCACGAGAAGCGUUUGGCCGAGAUGAACAAGAGCUAUGAAGAGCUCGGCAAGAGAAAGAAUGAGCUCGAGGAGAAGAGGUGUGUUUUGAGGGAGACUGCUGGAUUCUUUGACGAGGCUGGCCAUCGCCACACCGAGAUCCGUACUUCCAUUGACGAAAACGAUGGCACUGCGCCUCUACUUGAGCACGCUGCCGAGUAUGGCUCUCUCCCCGGCGACUCGAGCCUCACCGGGUUCGACCUCGAAUUCGUCUCGGGAACCGUCGAGCGAUCUCGCAUGCCCAUGUUUGAGCGAAUCCUCUGGCGAGUCUUGAGGGGUAACCUCUACAUGAAUUACUCGGAGAUCGAGGAGCCAUUCGUCGACGCCGUCACUGGCCAAGAGACGCACAAGGAUGUGUUUAUCAUCUUUGCGCACGGUGCCGAACUCCUCAACAAGAUCCGUACCGUCGCCGAGUCCAUGAAGAGCAACCUCUUCCAGAUCGACUCUGCCCAGGACAAGCGCGCCGAUGCUUUGCGCGAAGUCUCUGCCAGGCUCGAAGAUGUCGACAAUGUGCUCUACAACAUGGGCCAGACCAGGCGAGUCGAGCUCGGCAAGAUUGCCGAAGCCCUCGAAGCUUGGACCGACGCCGUCAGGCGCGAGGAGGAAAUCUACAAGACGCUCAACUUGCUGUCUUAUGAUCAGGGCCGAAAGACGCUCGUCGCCGAGGGCUGGUGUCCCACCAGGGAUAUCACCAACAUCCAACUCGGUCUCCGCCGGGCCAUGGACACUGCUGGUACUUCUGUGCCUGCCAUCCUGUCCGAGCUUCGAACGCACCAGACCCCACCCACGUUCCACCGAACCAACAAGUUUACCGAGGGUUUCCAGACCUUGAUCGACUCGUAUGGUAUUGCCACUUAUCAGGAGGUGAACCCGGGGUUGUAUGCGGUGGUCACGUUCCCAUUUUUGUUUGCAGUCAUGUUUGGUGAUAUUGGACAUGGUACUUUGAUGGCAUUGACCGCCGCGGCAAUGAUCUUCUGGGAGAGGCAAAUUGCCAAGAACGGUGUUAAUGAGAACCUCGAGACAUUCUUCUUCGGCCGAUACCUCAUCAUCCUCAUGGGCAUCUUUUCCAUUUUCACCGGUUUCAUGUACAACGACAUUUUCUCCAAGACGCUCCACAUCUGGCAAGCCGGUUGGGAGUGGCCUUCCAACUCGACCGGUCUUGUCGAGGCCGUGUCCACCGGGACCGUCUAUCCCUUCGGUAUGGACCCUACUUGGCACGGGGCGGACAAUGCCUUGAUCUUCAACAACUCUUACAAGAUGAAAAUGUCCAUCAUCCUCGGUGUGAUCCACAUGACUUUUGCCAUCUGCCUCCAAGUCCCCAACCACCUCCACUUUAAAAAGUAUCUCAAUAUCUACGCCGAGUUCAUCCCCCAGAUGCUCUUCUUCCACUCCAUCUUUGGCUACCUCGUCGUCUGCAUCAUCUACAAGUGGUCUGUCGACUGGUCCCAGUCGUCCGUCGGCCCACCCGGCUUGCUGAACAUGUUGAUCUACAUGUUCCUCUCGCCUGGUGCCAUUGAUCCCGCUGUCCAGCUCUACGCAGGACAAGGGUUUAUCCAGACGGUGUUGUUGCUCACUGCGCUGGUUUGUGUUCCGUGGAUGUUGGCGUUGAAGCCAUACAUGCUUUGGAAGGACAACCAGCGUAUCGCUGCGCAGGGAUACCAGGGGUUGCAGGAGAAUGGUAACGGUGAUGGUCGACCUUCGAUCAGUACCGAGGCGGAUGAGGAGGAAGAGGUCGGUAUGGCCGUUGCCGAGAGCUCUGACGACGAGCACGGGGAGUUUGACAUGGGCGAUAUCGUUGUCCACCAAGUCAUCCACACUAUCGAGUUCUGCCUCGGUUGUAUCUCCAACACCGCCUCCUACCUCCGUCUCUGGGCCCUCUCCCUGGCCCACGCCCAACUUUCCGAAGUCCUCUGGUCCAUGACCCUCGACCUCGCAUUCGAAUCCACCGGCGGUGCCAUCUGGCGCGGAACCUUCUUGUUCAUCAUGUUUGCCACCUGGUUUGGCGGUACCGUCGGUAUCUUGUGUGUCAUGGAGGGUUUGUCGGCCUUUUUGCAUGCGUUGAGGUUGCAUUGGGUUGAGGCGAAUGGAAAGCAUUAUAUGGCUGGAGGGUAUCCUUUCACGCCUUUGAGCUUUAGUGCGCUUGGUGCGGAGGAGGGUGCUUAG